ACGUACUCGUAGCAGAAAAUGAAUAGGGAAUAGUAUGACAUUUAUACCCCUGAUACUAGCAGUGUGCAGGUGGCAGCUGGCACUACCCCUGCCCUGUUUUACCGAUUUAAAUUAUAUUCCCUCAGAUGAGAGGAGAGAUGAACUCAUCAUUUAUAUACUUGUCAUUUAGUCAUUACACAUUCACGCAACACACAAACACUCACUCUACCCUCACUUCUCCACUCUUCCACGCCAACCCUUUUCUCAAAUAUCAAUUAAUCAUUAAUGGCAGCUGCUCCGUCUUCUUCCUCCUCCUCCUCAUCUCUCUCUUCUGAGGAAGAGGUGAAGCUUCAUCCCUACCAGAAGCACGGUCCCAAGGGAGCCUACGAGGCUAAACAGGUCAACGGAACCUGGACCAACGGUCAGAGUUGCCGUGGGUUGUACGUUAGGGUGGACAUGCCCGGUGUCCCCGAAAGCGGCGGCGUUAAGAUAUGGAAGUACUCCGACAGCCGCACCGUUACCUUCACCGGAAAAGCACCGAUGGUGUGGCCCCACUUUGAUACAUCGGACAGGGUUUAUGGUGGCUAUGUUAUACUAGACAGAGACCCUACUCUUGUUAGCGUCCAAUCUCAGCUUAAGAAUGGCACACUCCAUUUGUUCUUCCCUGCCUCUGAUGGCUCCCUCCAUUUUCUCUCUCCUUCUAACUCUUCUCUUCUCCAACCCCAACAUUAUGAUGAUGAUACUGUUGAAUUCAUCGAGCUUUUAGGGGAGCGCUUUAUUACCUACAUUGAACACGCCCCUGAAGAGCCUUCUGGGAUAAAAUUGAGGGGAGGUAGGCCCGAGCACAUCAACUGGCAUCUGCUAAGUGGGGUUAAGGGGGUGUAUGAGCACAAAAUUGUUAAUGUUGGUAACAAUCAGCAUCUGAUUUAUGUCCGAUUGGAUGUUCCAAUGGUGAACUACCAAUUGUUCUGCAUCACCGAGAACGCGGACAGAAGCAUCACCUUCGCCGUUGAUGCUGCUCAAAAAGACUCCAUGUUCGACGAGGGUUGCCGUGGCUACAUUGGUUCCUUGAUUCCUAAAUGUGAAUGCUGCCAGUACCAGAUUGUUCAGCACGAUAUCAGAGAUGGUGUCAUUAGGUUUAUAGCUUCCAAGAGCGCUUCUGCGGAUCCUCCUUCCAAUAUUCAUUUAUAUGAACCUCCUUCUAAGCCCGGUGAAGCUCCCAAACCAGUAGUAUAUCGUAACAUCGAGGUGGUCAUGGAUAAGCUGCCGCGACGUUCCACCCAGUGUAGGAAGUAGCCAGCAAGUAUUGGUUUGCUAGACUUAAAUCAAUACGUACCUAACCUUGCAUUAUGGUCUUAGUUGUAGGUUGAUUGUCUAUUAUUAUGAUAUCAAUUAGCUAGUACUAAUGUGCUUUACGUGCUUGUUUGAGUUUCAUAUCAAGCAAGCUCAGAGUAGUGGUUUAUCCAUGGUUUAAUGCCUUUUUUGCUCUUCCCAAUUCCCACUAAUAUAUAUCAUCAUAUCAAGUUCUAAGAUUUUAGAUAGAGUAAUAUGUAAACUCUAUUUAGUACUGAAACUUAAAAGGGUAUUACAAGUUUAUCGUAUGAUAUUGACUA